AUGCUGGCCAUCUUCUUUCAUUUUUCGAGAUCGGAUGCUCUGCCUUGUAUAACGAUGUUUCUCCGUUCUUCCAUUCUGCUUUGCUUUAUCUUUUCUGUGGCCUGCUUCGAAGAUGGCUUUGCAGAUGAUGACGGUUCUCCUCAAUUUCGUCCCAUCCUGUAUGCAGCUCGAAGAAACUUGGGAAUGAUGUCUGGAAGCAUGAUGGGCGGUUCGAAGGGAGGCCCCACAGCACCAUCAACUCGUCGACCAACCAAGCGCCCAUCACCAAGACCAACCAAAAGACCAACGCUGGCUCCUGUUGUGGCACCAACAGACGAUCCAAGCUCAGAGCCAAGUGAAUCCCCGAGUUUGGCUCCGUCCAGCGUGCCAUCCACAGAGCCCUCGUUUACCCCAUCGUUCUCACCUUCUCUCACGCCUUCCUUGACUCCUUCAACCGAACCUUCUUCGACUCCUUCUACCGAACCUUCUGUGACUCCUUCAGUCGAACCUUCAUUUGCUCCUUCCAGCUCGCCCAGUUCUCAUCCAAGCGUGUCGCCAUCGUCUAGCCCAAGUGCGUCGCCAUCGUGGGCUCCAAGCGUGUCGCCAUCGUCGAGUCCAAGCUACGUUCCUUCAGCUACCCCUUCUUUCAUGCCCAGUUAUACCCCCAGCAAGAGUCCAUCCGAUGUGCCAACAAUAAGUCCCACCAGUUCUCCGACUCGAAGAAUGACGGCUCGUCCCACAUCGCGCCCAACGCCACGCCCCACUUCUAGCACGAUGAUGGGAGGAGGCAAGGGUGGUGGUAUGAUGAUGCGACGACGACGACGACGACGUGUUUAG